AUGAACCACAAGGUUGAAGACAGUGAAGCUCCUAUGCUGCCGACGAACGAUGCAUUCGACCCUCUCCCCAUCCUGAAUGAGCGCGCCGCACAAAUGGGUAUCUCGAUAAAGUGGGAGGAGAAUUCCACAGGACCAGCACAUACGCCGCGAUGGGAUGUAAAGUGCCUUGUCAAUGGGGUGGUCAGAGGCGUAGGCCAGGGUGGCGGGAAGAAGACAGCAAGGCGAACAGCGGCUGCACAUGCGUUGAGCGGACUUGGUUGGGUCGGAGGUGCCGCAACGUCCUUCGAGCCAGGCACAGGAGGGGUCAACUCGCCCAGCGUUCUUGAGACAUUUGCUCGCCAGAAGGGUCAUCGCCUGGAGUGGACUUCUCAGCGCUCAGGCCCUGAUCAUACGCCUACCUGGCAUGUAUGCUGCCUCGUGGACGGCACAAUUAUCGGACAAGGUUCCGCGUCGAAAAUUCUGGCCGCCAAACGUGAGGCUGCAAGACAAACGUUUAUUAGUAUGGGGUGGAUUAACUCAGGCUAA